CUCUCAGCAGUGGAAUAGCACUUCUGCAAUGAAAAAUUACACUUCUAUUUUCUUUCCUAAAGGGAAAAAGGAAGACUGCAACAAAACUGAAGUGUGUUCUGUCAUGUUCCUGAACCAUAGCCGUGAGAGCCCUCCCCAGCCCUACCCAAACCAGCCUGCUCGCUCCCAAGAGCUCACAGCUGCAGGACUAGAGUCAGAUGUGCCCUGGCAAUAAGGCCUUCAUCCAUGGAGAAGCCCCUCACCAUCCUGCGAGUGAGCCUGUACCACCCCACACUGGGCCCAUCUGCCUUUGCCAAUGUGCCACCACGGCUGCAGCAUGACACCAGCCCUCUGUUGCUCGGACGAGGGCAGGACGCCCACCUCCAGCUGCAGCUCCCCCACCUCUCCCGUCGUCACCUGUCCCUGGAGCCCUACCUGGAGAAAGGCAGUGCCAUGCUGGCCUUCUGCCUCAAGGUCCUGAGCCGCAAGGGCUGUGUGUGGGUCAAUGGGCUGACGCUGAGGUACCUGGAGCAGGUCACCCUGAGUACCGUCAACAGGCUCUCCUUCUCAGGCAUCCAGAUGCUGGUUCGCGUAGAAGAAGGCACAUCCCUGGAGGCCUUUGUCUGCUAUUUCCAUGUCAGCCCUUCACCCCUGAUUUACAGACCUGAGGCUGAGGAAACUGACGAAUGGGAAGGCAUCUCCCAGGAGCAGCCUCCCCCUGGUUUAGGGCAGCAGACUUCAGGUUGCCUGGGGUUUCUCCACGGCCCUUCCCAGACUUGGGACAGCCCUCCCCAGCCAAGACCUGGAGGAGGAACAGAAAUACAGCUCCAGAGGGAACCCCCAGACAGUACACUCUGCUAG